AUGAUGUUUCCUAAUUUCAGUGGAGUUAUUGAUGCAGAAUUGCAUUUCGGGGCCAAUCGAUGGAUAUCUUGUAAUAAGGAAACAGAAUUUCUGGUUCCAAUUCGUUUACGUAUGAAAAAAAUGACCUUUUUAAAAGGGUAUAAUUUUGUUAAAACAGUUGUGAAGGAUAAUAAAGAACAUUCUGAAUGCCCAGGAUAUCUUAGUGACUGUGGGAAUUUUAUACUGACGAACCAAUACAUAUUUUUGUGUUUGGAAUUGCGAAAUCUAAGAAUAGUCAAUGGGAAUAUGCCGGGGUUGGGUUUACUUCGUAUAAUUAAUGAAACAACUGCGGCAGCUAUUGCUUAUGGCUUGGAUAAGAAAUCUUGUGGAAUCAAGUUUUCAUUUCAAUUAGAAAAAUAG